CGGCCCUCCAUCCCCUACCAGAUAAAAGGACGGAGGCUGAGCUGACCCGAUAACUCGCACCUCCACCCUCCUGCCAGUGCCCCGUCUCUCUGCCCCCGCCCCCGCCAUGUCGUGCCGCUCCUUCCAGCAGGGCUCCAGAGGUGGCUUCAGCUCAUGCUCAGCUGUCCUCCCCCAGAUCAUCACCCACUAUGCAGUGAGCAAGGGGCCUUGCAGGGUCGGGGGUGGUGGCGGGGGUCUCCGUGCCCUGGGCUGCCUCGGCUCCCGGAGCCUGUGCAAUGUGGGCUUCGGGAGGCCCCGGGUCGCCUCCAGGGGUGGCCUGCCUGGCUUCGGGUACAGAGUGGGCGCCACCUGCGUGCCUCCUGCCUGCAUCGCCCCUGUCACCAUCAAUGAGAGCCUGCUGGUCCCACUGGAGCUGGAGAUCGACCCGACAGUGCAGAGGGUGAAAAGGGACGAGAAGGAGCAGAUCAAGUGCCUCAAUAACCGCUUUGCGGCCUUCAUCAACAAGGUCCGGUUCCUGGAGCAGAAGAACAAGCUGCUGGAGACCAAGUGGAACUUCAUGCAGCAGCAGAGGUCCUUGCAGAGCAACAUUGAGCCCAUCUUUGAGGCUUACAUCUGUACCCUUCAGAGGCAGCUGGACUCCUCGGCCGGGGACCGGGCCCGGCUGGAGUCAGAGCUCUGCAGCGUCCAGGAUGCACUGGAAGCCUACAAGAAAAAAUACGAAGAGGAGCUCUCCCUGCGGCCCUGUGCUGAGAAUGAUUUUGUUGCCUUGAAGAAGGAUGUGGACACGGCUUUCCUGAUAAAGGCUGACCUGGAGACCAACGUGGAGGCUCUGAUCCAGGAGACUGACUUCCUGAGAAGCCUGUAUGAUGAGGAGAUCUGCCUGCUCCAGUCUCAGAUUUCAGAGACCUCGGUCGUUGUGAAGAUGGACAACAGCAGGGAACUGGACCUGGACGGCAUCAUCACCGAGGUCAAGGCCCAGUAUGACGACAUCACCAGCCGCAGCAAAGCCCAAGCGGAGGCCUGGUACCAGCGCCGGUAUGAGGAGCUGCAGCGCACUGCCGGGAACCACGCGGACGACCUCCACAACCGCAGGAACGAAAUCCUGGAAAUGAAAAAGCUGAUCCAGCGGCUGCAGCAAGACAUUGAGAAUGUCAAAGCCCAGCGCUGCAAACUGGAAGGCGCCAUAACCGAGGCGGAGAAGCAGGGCGAGGCAGCCCUCGAAGAUGCCAAGUGCAAGCUGGCGGGGCUGGAGGAGGCCCUGCAGAAGUCCAAGCAGGACAUGGCCUGCUUGCUCAGGGAGUACCAGGAGGUGAUGAACUCCAAGCUGGGCCUGGACAUCGAGAUCGCCACCUACCGGCGCCUGCUGGAGGGCGAGGAGCACAGGCUGUGUGAAGGCAUCGGGCCCGUGAAUAUCUCUGUGAGCAGCUCCAAAGGCGCUGUCCUCUACGAGCCGUGCGUGGUCAGCACACCCGCGUACUGUCCAGGGGGCACCAGUUUCCUCGACAGUAGUGGGGGCUGCAGCAUCGUGGGCGCCGGUGAACUCUACGCACCCUGCGCGCCCCUGGGCUGUGGGGGCGGGCGGGGCUCUAGCCUGAAGCUAGCAGCUGGGGGCGGCUCCUCCUGCCACAAAUGUUAGUGCAGCUCCAGAGGCUGGAAGCCCAAGGGGCAGGGCACCAGCCCCCAGCCUGGAUGUUGCCCCCACCCACCAGAGUUGAAGACAGGGCUAUUUCAAAAUCCCACCUUCCUAUACUAACCAAAGUUUUCCCUUGAGUUUACACUGGGAGCUGCCCCAUAGGUAUCCUCAAGCGUCAUCUUUCACUGAGGUGUGUGCAGACCCUGAACUAGACCCUGGGGUGCGGGUGGGAUGCAAAGAAAAAGAACGCAUCCCCGUAUCCGUGGACGGCUGGCAAUCAGGCCCCAGUGUGGCCAAGAGAAUGGCCGCAGCCCCCAAAUACUUCUCUUCCCCAUGAGAAGGCCAAAUGGGCACAUCACAGUUCUGCUUUGUGGAUUAUCCCAUGGAAAUUUCCCCACCAAGCCAGACUCCCCUACCCCUGGUGGUUCCCCACCUGUCUUACCUCUGGCUCUCAUGCGCCUAAGAAAAGUAAAGUUCUUUUAACAUCCACCUCAUACAUGCACAUUUGCAAAUAUCCAAAAAGAGACAACCCAGAAUCCCAUUCUGAAUUCCAAAGCCAAGGGCCAGGAUUUCAGGAUCACUUAGGAUCUGUCAGUGGUCAUCAGCUAGCAUACAGAAUCAAGAGUUGGUCUUUGGGCAUAGGUUUAUUGGCUCAGGUGUGUUGAACUUGCACUAUAGAAAUCCAUCUUUUCCCUGAGCUCACAUUGGCAGCCAAUGGCUGAGAAAUGCCUAUCACAAAGGCCAGGAGACAUGGAAUAUUUCUCAACGAAGGGAGACUGACUUUAUCUGUUCAAAGGGAAUCAACCUAACCCCUGCCCGUGUACAUAGCCACCCCUGUCCUGCUCCCUCUCGAGUUCUGCUUGCUUUGGUCUAAUACGAACAUGAUUUCCUGGCUACAGUGAUGAGGGACUGCCUCAGCGGACUUGGAGGCUCUGGUUCAGGGGCUGUGAGGAAGGAGGAGGUGCUCACCUGCCCUCCAUCUCCCCGUAGUGCAGCAUCUGCAGAAGCCCCACCCACCCAGGGAUCCACCGUUCAGCCAUGAGCCUCUGGGCACUUCUGCCCCCAAUAAACUGACUGUUCACAGGC